CCCACACCCUGACCAGCCUCCCCAGGCGCGAGUGCCGCUUCCUGCUCGCUGUAGAGUUGUUUGUAGCCUCUCCUCCGUAGGUGCCUGUAGUCCUCAUUUUCCUCUGCCCGUGCCCUUUUCCGUCCGUCCUUGCCUGUGUCUCUGUGUCCGCAUCUCUUCGUGCACAUCCAUCUUUCAGUCCCCGUCCCGUUUAUGUCCCCCAGCACACAGAGAUUUUACCCACAACUCGCUCCUUCUUUUCCCCACCUCUCUGCCUCCCAAGUGGUACUUCUGGCUGCUUUCCAUGUAAGACACUUCCGUGUAGGGGAGGUUUGGGUUGGGCAUUAGGAGGAAUUUCUUCACAGAAAAGGUGACAAUGGAAUGACAAUGCCCAGGGAGGAGGUGGAGUCACCAUCUCUGGAGAUGUUUAAGGAAAGACUGGAUGUGGUACUUGCCGCCAUGGUCAAGUUGACACGGUGAUUUUGGGUCAUAGGUUGGACGUGAUGAUCUCCAGAGGUCUUUUCCAACCGUGGCUUUUGCCCCAGCACCAGGUCUUUGGAGAGCUGGAGGAGAAUGCUUGUGCUUCUCUCUUUCUCAGCAUCCCCCAUUCUAUAGAAGAGGUGGUUAGGAUGGCAUGGGAGACUUAGAGUGGAUUGCUGGGAGGGUGUUUGAAUAACUUUUUCUUUUCUGCAGUAUUGUGCAGUGUCUAAGUGCUGCCCUUGACGGUCAAGAGCUGCUGCCUGUUGUCACACAGCUGGUGACUGGGGGCAGAGUUGGAAGCGAAACUGGGCACACAUCAAGUGAACAUUUGGGUGUCGUUCAGAACUCACUGCAUUAACUCCCUAUUGAGCUGGCCUUGUAUUGUUGGGUUGAUUUGACAACAGCAGACAGAAUGCUGAAUGGGUAGUCCUUUGGAUUUAAGGUUGUGGGAGCACAUUGAAAAACCCUCCUUUUCAGAGAAGUUCAAAAUGUCACCUUCAAACUGAGAGGAUUUUAAACAGAGCAUUGGUUUAAGUGUUUGGCAAAAUCUUUAUAGUUACAAAGCUGCAGAAAAAGCAAAUCAUAUUUAGAAAAUAAAGACUUCUUCUCCUGAAAUGUGGAUUUUCUGAAGUAGUAAAUUGUACUGUUACUGGUUGCCAUGGCAUCAGUGGAACUAUCAAAACAAACUUGACUUUAAGCAAGGGUUUGUACCUUCUCUGAUUUUCAAGUGCAUUCAAAGAUUGUUUACUGUAAUGAUUUCUCUGUGUUCGGCUGUUUUGCACCAAAAUAAAUCCUUCUUGAACACUGCAGUAUCUUAGUGCUAUGCAAGUCAGACCUGCAGAGAUUAUGGAAUAGAGCAUGCUUUCUUUUUAGCAGAUUUUAUUUGGACCAUGUUCAAUGACCCAAGUCACUUCAUAACAAGAAACUAGAAUAACCAGGAAAAAACUACCAGUAAUAAUUGUGUUGUGCGUGAAUUGGCACUGCUCUGUUUGGAGUCUCCAGUGGUGUGUUUGCUUUAGUCUGUUGCUGAGAUAUGUAACUGCCUAGGAAAAGAGCUGCUUCACAUGGAGAAAGUUAAGUCCUUUUAUAAAAUAUUUUAUGUAAAUUCAGAUGCCCCCUUCAUCUUAGUUGUUGCCAAGAAGGAACCUCCUGUGUAUGUUUUUAACUGUGGUGAAAACCAGCAGUGUUUGUAUAUGAGUAUGAGAGUGACUUAGUGGUGACCUGGCACAUGUCGCUCCUGUUCCAUCUCUGUUGUGAUUUGUGCAGUAGUACUCAAAACAGUUUCUGUUGAUUCCUGACCUCCUUCUAUAGGCAAGUGUAGCUGAAGUUACUGUAGUUGACAGAUCCUUUUCUGGCUCUUUGAUGAGAAAAUUGUCAUAAAUUCCUGGGCACAAUAAAUGUGGAUGAGACUGUGAUGCUGAGGAGGUGCUGCAGGGCACUGUACUUGCUGUGGAAUAGGCACCACCUCCUCUGAAGAAUGUGAUCCCUGUGCUGCACAGUUUAAAGGGCUGAUUGCAAGGCUGAUAUUAUUAUAGGGCACUUGAAGGAUAACUGAGUGUUUCCUGUUGGAAAGAAUACUCCACAGUUCUUUUGACAUUCCAUGGAUAUCCAUGAGGAUCUCUGAAGACUGGAAAAUGUUGCAUUCAGAGUUAUUUCAAGGAUUACUGGAAGGUUGGCAUAGGUUUAUUUAAUGAAAUUCCAUCUCAGUAGACAGAAUUCAACAUGAAGGAAUAAUCCUUUGGAUAUCACAAAUGACAGUGUCACCAUGGCAAAAAAGGUACCUCUCAGUAUUGAAGGACGUUCAAUGACAGCUUGCACUUUACUUGCUUUGAGUUAUGAAAGAAAAAUGCAGAGUGGAUUUAAAGUAUUGGGAUUUAGUAAAUGAAACUGUUGGGUAAACCGUAACAAUAGUUACUAAGUAAAUAGAAAAUCAGCUAUUUCAGACUAUCAGUAUUUUAGGUUCUUUAUGUGGAUUCUGUUCAGAUUCUAACAUGAGUGUCUCUGAAGUGCCUUUAGUUCCCCUAGUUUUACAGAUCUCUUCAGCAAAUAUCCCAGAUGCUGAAAGGAGAAGAGGGGCUGACUAUUCUACUCUGUUAAAGAGGAAGUUACCAGAAGUUUUGAUGGGUAUAAACAAGGUGUGUUUCCAGAGCCAGCCUGGAAAGGUAGAAGGAAGAGCUUCUUUAUUCACAUCUCUGUUAAUAAACAAAGAUCUGCAGCAGGCAUAUUAGCCCUUUGUCAUACAGCAGUGGUUGCAGAUUGACUGAACUCAUGCUUCAUUGUCAGCUUUAUAAUGUGUUUUGGCUAUCCCUUGUUACUGUUCCAUUUCAAAUUACUGUGGUCUGUGGGGUACAAGACUCAUGGAAGAGAGCAACACCAGCAGAGAGCGGUACUUGAAAAGUGUUUUACGGGAGCUGAUCACAUACGUGGUUUUCCUCGUGGUACUGUGUGUCUUGACUUAUGGGACAGUGAGUUCCAGUAUGUACUAUUAUACAAGGGUUAUGUCACAGCUCUUCCUGGAAACACCUGUGUCAAAAACGGAGAGAACUGAUUUCAAAACUUUGUCCUCAAUGGAUGACUUCUGGAAGUUCACAGAAGGCCCUCUGCUGGAUGGUCUUUACUGGGAGAUGUGGUACAACAAUGAAACUAUGGCAGAAAACAAAAGCUUCAUUUAUUAUGAGAACCUGCUCCUAGGGGUGCCUCGCAUUCGGCAGCUCAAAGUCAGAAAUGGUUCAUGCUCCAUACCUGAAGAUUUAAAGGAUGAAAUCAAAGACUGCUAUGAUGUCUAUUCUGUAGCUAAUGAAGAUACUGCUCCUUUUGGACUCCAGAAUGGAACUGCCUGGACAUACACCAGUGAGAAGGAUUUGAAUGGGAGCAGCCACUGGGGCUUGAUUGCCACAUACAGCGGGGCUGGUUAUUACCAAGACCUCUCGAGGACCAGAGAAGUGACAGCUCUGCAGAUUGCAAGCCUGAAGAAGAACCUGUGGCUGGACAGAGGGACCAGAGCAGCCUUCAUUGAUUUCUCUGUGUACAAUGCAAACAUCAACCUAUUCUGCGUGGUCAAGUUGCUAGUGGAGUUUCCAGCCACUGGAGGCCUGGUUACAUCUUGGCAGUUUCAGCCUGUGAGGCUGCUUCAUUACAUCUCCACUUUUGAUUUUUUCCUGGCGGCCUGUGAAAUGUCCUUCUGUCUUUUUGUUCUGUAUUAUAUGGUGGAGGAGGUCUUAGAAAUUCGCAUUCAUAGACUGCACUACUUCAGAAGUCUUUGGAAUUGCCUUGAUAUCCUUAUCAUUGUGCUGUCUGUGGUAGCUAUAGGAAUUAGCAUCUAUAGGACAUCAACUGUUGAUAUGCUCCUGAAGAAGUUGCUGGAAGAUCAGAACUCAUUCCCCAAUUUCGAACCCUUGGCAUAUUGGCAAAUGCAGUUCAACAACAUUGCUGCAGUCACUGUGUUUUUUGUCUGGAUUAAGCUUUUCAAAUUUGUUAACUUCAACAGAACAAUGAGCCAGUUGUCCACCACAAUGUCUCGCUGCGUCAAAGAUGUCAUUGGCUUUGCCUUUAUGUUUUUUAUUAUUUUCUUAGCAUAUGCUCAGUUAGCCUACCUUGUCUUUGGCACUCAAAUUGAUGACUUCAGCACUUUCCAGGACUGCAUAUUUACUCAAUUCCGCAUCAUUUUGGGAGACUUCAACUUCACAGAGGUUGAAGAAGCUAAUCGAAUUUUGGGACCCAUUUAUUUCACUACAUUUGUGUUCUUUAUGUUCUUCAUUCUUUUGAACAUGUUUUUGGCCAUUAUCAAUGAUACCUACUCGGAAGUCAAAUCAGAUAUGGCACAACAGAAGGCAGAAAUGGAACUGUCUGACCUUAUCAGGAAGGGCUAUAACAAAGCCAUGAUCAAACUUAAAUUGAAGAAAACUACUGUUGAUGACAUUUCAGAAAGUCUGAGACAAGGUGGAGGAAAACUCAACUUUGAUGAACUCCGGCAGGAUCUCAAAGGAAAGGGCCACACGGAUGCAGAGAUUGAAGCAAUAUUUACCAAAUAUGAUCAGGAUGGGGACCAGGAAUUGACAGAGCAUGAACAUCAGCAGAUGAGAGAUGAUCUGGAGAAAGAGAGGGAGGAUCUGGACCUAAAUAGGAGUUCUCUGCCACGUCAUCUGAGCAGCCGUAGCUUCCUCCGGAGCUUGGAUGACUCCGAGGAGGAUGAGGAUGAAGACAGUGGACAUAGUUCCAGGAGGAGAGGCAGCAGCUCUAGUGGGGUUUCCUAUGAAGAGUUCCAAGUACUCAUGAGGCGGGUGGAUCGCAUGGAGCAUUCCAUUGGCAGUAUCGUCUCCAAGAUUGAUGCCGUUAUUGUGAAGCUGGAAGCCAUGGAGAGGUCCAGGCUAAAAAGAAGAGAUGUGUUGGGAAGGCUGUUAGAUGGAGUGACAGAGGAUGAAAGACUGGGCCGGGACAGUGAAAUCCACAGGGAACAAAUGGAGCGGCUGGUGCGAGAGGAGCUGGAGCGCUGGGAGUCAGAUGAUACGGCCUCCCAAAUGAGCCAUCGCCUGGGAACACCCCUGGGACUGAAUGGCCAACCUCGCUCCAGGAACUCCCGGCCAUCGUCUUCCCAGUCAGAUGGUGUUGAUGCAGGAGCAGGAAAUGGGGGGAACAACAUCCAUGUGUAGCUUGAGCCUUGUAGGUGAUUCCAAAUGUUUCAGGUCAGUAUUCAGCCAGCAAAUACCCCAGCGCUGUUCCCCAGCAUGAGGGGAUCGUUGUGAUCAGACCACUGAGGCAUUUUUCACAGGUGGGAAAAAGUAAAUAUUCACUCCACAAAUCCUUUUCAAACCUGCGUAAGCCAUGUGUAAUGCCAGCAGUGAGAGUGUCAGCCUUGGAAACAAAAAUGCAGGAAACUGAAUAGAUAUUGGGUGGAGCAAAAUCUACCAGGACAGAAAUCUGAUUCCUUAAAAAUAUUAUUGGGAACAUUUGCACGAGGGCAGCAAGCUUCAGACAAAAUAAUAAGCAGUGGCUGGAACACUAAAAGGCUAUCAAUUUUCUGCUUCCUCUUGGAAAGUACAGUUUUUAAAGACUUUUAAAAGCAAAUUUUAAAGUAAUACGACAUCAGUUUGUCUUAUUCACUAUAACAGCUGACAGAUAAAACAGCACUUUUUUUAAAAAAAUAUGACUUUUUACUUCUCUUUCUGAGUUAUUCAUGGUAUACUAAUAUUUUACUUAAUUUAAAAUACUAUUUUUUCCUGUUUUGAGAGGUACAUUUCUUUAAGAAGAAGAAAGUGCAUUUAGUUUGUACAAGUUUAAAUUACAUCAUUCUGUGGUAGAAACUCAAUGCAUUUCAGAAGAAAUAUUUGAGCUGUCUCUUCACACCCAACUAACAUAAUAAUUUUCAACUAUGUUGCAAAGUGCCCAUUUUUUAAUGCUAUGUUUUAAUGAUUUAAGUGUUUUUUGGAGAAAUAUUCCAGAGCUUCUUAGAUAAAUACAGCUACUUUGCAGAAAAUAUAUUAUUUAAAAACACACAAAAUUGAAAAACACUAAGUUUUCCCUGGGUGUGACAGAGAAAGGGGCAGAGGAGUUUCUGACAGUUGGGAAAAUCUGAUCUUGUGCCCUGUGAAGUUCUAAUCACAUUUUAACUAUAUGGUCUGUAUUUACAUUUGACUAAACCACUUGUAAAAUCAUUAAGUACACUUCUACAUAGACUUUUCUGCUGAGGUGCAACACAGGAUUCUUUUGGGGGUGUUUGUAGUAUAAUCACUGAUUUUUAGUAUUUAAUUUCUUCUGCUUUGUGUCAUAGAAGCUUUCUUUUUGAAAGGACGUACAACAUUGAAAUUCUGUUGGCUUCCUAUAGAGAGCACUGAGGCAGUGUUUGGAGUUUUGCCUAGCAAUGUGUUUCCAUAUGUGGAAUGCUGGUUUAGGAGGGAGGCUGUCAAUUGUGCUUUUUUUCCUCAAGUUGACAGUUGUCUGGUAUUUAAAGACUGGUGAAAAAGAUAAUGGAAAGCUACAUAAACAACCACAUCUCAGCUAUUAGUAGGGUAGAGGAAAAAAAGGCCAGUUUGACAAAGUAUAAGUAGCAUAUGUUAUGUUGGUGCCUUCUGUUUCAACAAGCAGUUUUUAUCUCUUCACUCCUGUGGGAGUUCUGCUUAGGCAAAGCUUCCAUGUUCCAUAUAUCCUUGCAAUGGCAUUGCCUGGAUGAGCAGUGGCUCAGAAUGCCUUUCCUCUAACCAGGGAACUUGCUAAAACUAAAUAGAAUUCAAGCCUUUCCAUUUUUAACUUUGUGAGAAAGCAAUACACGCAGAAACCUAAUUAAUGUAAGGUGGAAGAGGAGGAAAUUCAGUAUUGGAAUUUCAUAGUAGCUGUGUCUCAGGAUCAGAGUCAUGUAGGAGAACAAGCUGUGGCUCUUGUGUGGGUUAUUUUGUCCUGUAUUGGGAAGAAAUUCAUAGCCUUUCACAAGAGUCCUCAUAAGCUUGCCAAAGCGGGUAGGGUAUUUUUGUGGGAUGAGGGCAUUCAGAUUAAACUCUCUUUUGCCUUGAUUGAAGGGUUUAACACCUCAGAAACCUUUCUGAAGAAAGCUUUUCAGUGUUGAACUGCAUUUCUGACUGUAAACAAACAGACCAAAAAGAAACACCAGCUGUACAUGUGGCCAACUGGUGUUCAAGGAAAAUAGAAAAUACAAUACCAAAGAAAUUGAAAUAUAUAGAGCCUUGUCUUUAUAUUCAUAUCCAAAAUGUGUCUUUCAAAAUGUAAAUUAAGUCAGUUCACCUUUCAUUUGUACCAAAUGUUUAUUAUGAAAAUGUUUGCAUUAAUAGUUUUAUUUGUUGGGGUGUAUUUAUGUAACAUGUCAUUACUUGAUAACAAACUUCAUCUUGAAGUGCAAUAAGUUUCCGUGGGGUACCCAUGUAUGUUGACACUUAAGUAGGUGCAGUAAGUGCAUUACCACUUGACAAAUGUUACAAACAUUUUAUUGAUACAUUUUUCAGUUUUACAUUAUAAUAUCAUUUGUCACUUAUUACAAAGGUACAGUUUUUUGCAUAGUAAUGUACAGUGUUUGGUCUUAUUAGGAAGCUGUUAAUUAUGCAAGUCUUCUACAAUGAUCAAGAAUGUAUUGAUCUGUAAAAAUGAGCACUUUACUUCCUAAUAAACAUUUCAUAUAAUCUACAAAGCAAA